AUGUCCUGCUACAGCGAGUCCUGCAGACCCUGCGGGGUGACCUGCCCUCAGCCGAUUGCCGAGAGCUACAAUGAGCCAUGUGUGCAGCAGUGCCCCGACUCCAGAGCUGUGAUCUUCCCCCCGCUGGCUGUGGUGACAAUGCCAGGCCCCAUCCUGAGCUCUUUUCCUCAGGAGAGCGUUGUGGGGUCGUCAGGCCCAGCCUGGCUGGGGCGUUCCUUCUGUUCCCGAAGCUCCCAGGGCUCUGGAGGCUCCUUUGGUUUGGGAGGCUUUGGAGGCUAUGGGAGCUCCCUGGGUCUGGGGGGUUUGACUGGCUAUGGGGGCUCAGCUGGCUAUGGGAGCUCCUUUGGUUUGGGGGGCUAUAGGGGUUAUGGGAGCUCUCUGGGUUUGGGGGGCUCCCGAGGCUAUGGGAGCUCCUUUGGUCUGGGGGGCUACGGCAGCUCCCUGGGCUUUGGGAGCUUGGGUGGCUCUGGGGGUUACGGGGGGUCCCUUGGGUACGGCCGUUCCCUAGGUCCUGGAGAUGCCAUGGGCUACGGGGGCUCCCUGGGCUUUGGGGGCCAACGUGGGUGCAGUGGCUUUGGCAACUGUGGGAGGUCCUACAGCUCUGGCUUCUCCUCCGGUGGCACGGGGUAUUACCUGCCCGGAGCUCAGAGGUGGAGCAGGUCCCGCCGCGGGAGCUGUGGGGCUUUCUAAAGUCCCCAGCAUGGUGCCCAGAACCAGCAACAGCCCCGAAACCAGGCCCAGGCACGAGGACACGGAGCAAGAGCCGUGGGCACUAGCAGCAUGCAUCAGCU